GCUUGGCACCAGGAUGUCCGGUCUGUCGUGGUCCCAUUGACGUCCCUGAUGCUUGGUAUGUGGCUUUGGACCUUCCUGAUCACUGGUGUCGUCAGGGUCUCGUGGAAGAUGGUGGCUGGUCCCGCAAAUGGCCGCACUGCAUGGGAUCUUCCACUGCCUGUCCUAUGCUGUGGCAGGAGGGAGGCUACAGUCAAUGAAGAGAAUGGUGGCGACGCCGACAACAUCCUCGCAACAAAGCAGGAAGGCUUCUCGAUUGCCCUGGUCGUGCUUCGCAUGCUUUCGACCGCUGUGCCUUUCGUCAUGGUCGUCGCCAUAACUGCCCUGGUCCAUGGUGCCACGGCCCUUGCCGAAGCGCAUCGGAUCACCUCCAUCAUCUCGGUCUUCUGUACCAUGGUGCCAGGUUGCGCAGCCGUAUACCUAUGCGCGAGGGCCUCCACAAGUCACACUUGGUCCACGGCUGGCUUCUUCUUCUGCACCUGGGCUGUCGGACUCGGCACUGUAGUGGACGUUUCCUUCAACUCCAACUCAGUCGCCAUGAAUACAGCCGUGUCGGUCGUCUGCAAUGCCCUUUACCUCGUUCAGCAGACUUGGCUUGUCUCCCUUUCAGCUCAUCGACUACACUCGCUACAGAGAUCUGCGGGGCACCAGUUCUUCCCAAACGUGAUGGCGAGGGCGUAUUGCGUUGGCGCGGGGUAUGUCCUUUUCGCGAUUGCUGUGACCACUGCGAACGGCCUGAAGGGCUUGUGGAUGCCGCCGGCGACUAGUGUAAGUGUUUUUGCUCCACAUGUGCCGGCAUUUUGCCUGCGGCACUUUGCCCUUGGUGUGGAAAUCUUCCUUAUUGGCAUGGUGUUGUACCCUGUGUUUCUUGUCUGUCUUUGUUACUCGUUGGCUGGGCUGCUUGUCGUGAUCGGCCUUGUCGCGAUCGCAUUUUGCCUCCGCGUCCUGCUUGCCUAUUGUCGGAUCCUGGGACACUUAACUGCGGCAAGACGAGUGGCUGAGAGGUCAAACUGCAGACGGAAGGUCAGUGGCCUCAGGGCUUUGCAGAGGGGCGAGCGCGCACUUCGCAAGGAAAUCUUUGGCUUCGCUCUGUGCUUCUUGACCAACCUCAUUUUGCAACCGCUGGGGUACAUGUUCCAGACAGAACCCCUGGCUGUUCUUCGCAUUGAAUGUGGGAUGAUCCUGGGCUACACAAUGGGUGUUUGGUUCCUGUCCAACUCUUAUCGUCUCUCCAAGCGCGCUGGCCCCAAUCUAUUGCUUCGUCGCUGUGCGAUGCGCAAAUCUCCUCCACGACAGCGUCGGGCAACGGAUGCAGCCUGGCAGGCAAAGGUCGCAGAGUUGUCGACGCGUGGCAUCACAGCAAGGGAGUUGCUGGAGUUCUACAAGCAGCUGGGCAGUCGCACCAUGCCACACUACAGUGCAGGUAUGCACACCACCGGCGAUGUGGUGCGACAAGCCAUCAUCCCGAUUACCAGGUCCGGGUGUUGCUCCUAUGCCGAGGUGACAGGCAGAGAGCCCUUGAGACCGGCCAAAAUGGUCACACACUCCUGGCGGAACCUCUUCCGAGACCUAGUGGCUGCGGUCAUCGCAGAUGCUGUGCGGGAGACGAGUUUCGAACUCAUAUCGCAGCUGUUGGAACAUGAGGUGUCGGUGCUGGAGACUUUGCUGGAGCAGCAAGGAAAAGGCGACCAAGUCUACUGGAUUUGUGCUUUUUCUGUGAACCAACACUUGAGCAUCUGCGAAAACCUCUUUCGUGAUAAGGACUCCGUCACAGGUCAUCUGCACGCAGGCUGCGACUGUGGAUUGCCCAAAAUCCUGAACACCACGCCACCACUUUCCACUGAGGGCCAAAGCAUCAGUUGUGAGAUGAACAAGUUUGAUGAUAUGAUGGCACUACUUGCGGAGGAGGUCCCCGAGUUCUCUCAGGUGGUGGCUGUUGACUCUCAAUUUCGCCUGUUUAGCAGGGCUUGGUGUGUUGCAGAACUUGUAGAAGCCCACGAGUCAAGCUUGAAGCAGUUCGUCAAGAUGCAUUCCAGGCACGUUCUGGAGAAGUCGCAAAGCGAGUUGCAAGAGCUUCAAGUGGAGGACAUGCAGGCGUCGCGUGCGGAAGACGUGCAGCUCAUCUUGGACAAGAUCUCAGACAAGAGCGAGUUCAAUCAGAAACUGCAGUCGCUCAUCUUUGACGAAGCAGGCCUUCUGUCUGGCUGGUGUCAGUUGGACACAGCCGGACGCAUGGAAGAAGUCGGCCAGGGCAAGGCCGACUCUUCUACGGUUGGCCUCUCGUGGUGCAGGUCGAGCCAGAGUUCUCCGCCGGUCUUCUGGGCCGACUCGACCGGGGCGGGUCGUGGAAGCCGACAGACCGAAGGCGCUGCGGAGGACUUAGGCGACCUCUUCGGGGGUCCUUGGCAAGCCACGCUGCGGUGGGGCAAGGGAAUUGCCUCCUCGGCAGUCCCUUACAAGCGCACGCCGCCGACGUGGUUGAAGAUGAAGCCAGAGGACGUGUGCGAUCACAUUUGCAAGCUCGCCAAGAAGGGCUUGACCCCGUCUCAGAUCGGCGUGACCCUGCGAGAUAGCUUCGGCGUUCCCCAGGUGAAGAAUGUCACAGGCAACCACAUCUUGCGCAUCUUGAAGACUAAUGGCCUGGCACCGACGCUGCCGGAGGAUUUGUACUACCUCAUCAAGAAGGCUGUGUCCAUCCGCAAGCACUUGGACAAAAACCGCAAGGACAAGGAUGCCAAGUUCCGGCUGAUUUUGGUUGAGAGCCGAAUCCAUCGUCUCGCCAGAUACUACAAGCGCGUGAAGUCCUUGCCAGCCACCUGGAAGUAUGUCUCCGCCACGGCGUCGGCACUGGUGGCCUAA